CCACUCAUCCAUUCGUUCACAAUCUGAAACCAGAGGUCACAAUAUAUCAUUUAACGAUUGCUCUAUCAUCACCACACGAUCUUCAGACCUUGACCUCAUCACCACACUAUCUUCAAACCUUGACCUCAUCACCACACUAUCUUCAGACCUUGACCUCAUCACCACACUAUCUUCAAACCUUGACCUCAUCACCACACUAUCUUCAGACCUUGACCUAAUCACCACAUUAUCUUCAGACCUUGACCUCAUCACCACACGAUCUUCAGACCUUGACCUCAUCACCAUACUAUCUUCAGACCUUGACCUCAUCACCACACGAUCUUCAGACCCUGACCUCAUCACCACACGAUCUUCAGACCUUGAUCUCAUCACCACACGAUCUUCAGACCUUGACCUCAUCACCACACUAUCUUCAAACCUUGAAUCAUCACCACACGAUCUUCAGACCUUGAUCUCAUCACCACACGAUCUUCAGACCCUGACCUCAUCACCACACGAUCUUCAGACCUUGACCUCAUCACCACACUAUCUUCAAACCUUGACCUCAUCACCACACUAUCUUCAAACCUUGACCUCAUCACCACACGAUCUUCAGACCCUGACCUCAUCACCACACGAUCUUCAGACCUUGAUCUCAUCACCACACGAUCUUCAGACCCUGACCUCAUCACCACACGAUCUUCAGACCUUGACCUCAUCACCACACUAUCGUCAGACCCUGACCUCAUCACCACACGAUAUUCAGACCUUGACCUCAUCACCACACUAUCUUCAGACCUUGACCUUUACAUUAAAUAAAAUUUACUCAUAG